AUGCACUCAUACAAAUCAUAUAAAGAAUUUUUUUGUGACCUAAAAGAUUCAUUUUUAGUACAAUCAGACAUAGGGGAGGCUCGUUCAAAUUCAGCUUGGCGAGAAUUAGAAAGACGUUUUUUAUUUGGAGAGGGUAUUAAAACUUACUUGGAAACCUCAAUUAAAUUGCAAUCAACGAAAUGGUCCAAUAUUCUUAAAAGAAUAUUAGAUGUUAUCCUUAUUUUGGGUGAACGUGGAUUAGCUUUUCGGGGAUCCUCCCAGCGAAUUGGAGAUGUAGAUAAAGACAACUUUUUGGGUCUUAAAGAGUUACUUUUACAUUGGGACCCUAUACUUAAAGAGCAUGUAUUGUCAGUGGAAAAACCUCAGCGAAAAGGCAAAAGACUUCAAGUUCAUUAUCUAUCAGCUGAUACUCAUAAUGACUUCAUUGCAGAAUGCUCAGAUUUGGUGCGACAGCAUAUUUUUCAAGAAAGAAGAUCUGCUAAAUUGCAACAAUUAAAUGUGGAUGAAAUAUCUCAAAUGAUAGUGGAAACAUUUCAAUAUAACUCCAUUCCUCUCUUAGAUUGCAGGGCACAAGCAUAUGACAAUGGAUCAAAUAUGGCUGGAAAAUACAAUGGUGUGCAAGCCAAAAUACUUCAGUUAUGUCCAUUAGCACUAUUUUCCCCUUGUGGAUUUCACACACUUAAUCAUGUGGGAAAUGGUGCGGCAGAAUGUAUUCCUGAAGCUGUAAAAUUUUUUGAAACGAUUCAAACAGUAUAUAAUUUGUUCAGCUCAAGUCCAACACGAUGGGAGAUAUUAUCAAAACACAUCAAUUUCUCACUAAAAGGAAUGUCACAUACAAGGUGGUCAGAUCGUGUUGAAAGUGUCAAACCUUUUGCAGCACAACUUCCAGGGAUUAAAUUGUCAUUGGAAGAGCUUUUAGAAUUAAGUUUGACUUCUAAAACAAGAGCUGAAGUAGAAGGUGCCUUUUAUUAUAUUAACUCAUUUUUCUGCAUAAUAAUGUCAUCGAUAUGGUACAAAAUUCUUGUUCCAAUUGCAACUUUAGAUGUGGAAGUGGACAACAUAAACCACUUACUGAGACAACUUCUUGAGCUUCGAAAUAAAUGGAAAGAUAUCUGGUCAGAAUCAAAAAAUGUUGCAAUGAAUUUGGAUAUAGAAAUCAAACUAUCAAGAGGACGUGGUAGUGCAAAUUGCAAAAGAGCCAGAGUUGUUGGCGAGCCAGAGGAUCAAGGGUUUACAGAUUUAAAUGAAGAUGAGACCAUGGAGGAAUCAUGCUUUAGAAGUUUUGUUUUCUAUGUGGUGUUAGAUAGUGGUAUUAGUGGCCUUACUGUAAGAUUCAAAGCAGCACAUAGCAUUUCAGAUAAGUUUAGCUUCAUGUGGAAUUAUCUCAAUAUUAAUUUGAAUACAUUGGAAAUGAAUGCAAAAUUAUUAAGUGAAGAGUAUUCAGCAGAUAUUAGCGAAGAUAUUGUAAUGGAAAUAAAACAGUUAAAAUCUAUACACUAUGCAAAUUUUGGAUCGAAUCAAUUAAGCCCCUUUGAACUCCUAAAUUCGAUUAGUCGAACUAAUUUACAUGGCCUAUUUCCAAAUAUUUGUGUAUGCUUGAGAAUAUUCUUAACAAUUUCUGGUACAGUUACAUCCGCUGAACGCUCAUUUAGCAAAGUAAAACUGAUUAAAAACUUUUUAAGAACUACAAUGCUACAAGAACGGUUAGUGGAUAUGGCAAUGUUGAGUCUCGAAUCUUCAAUAUCUAGGUCAAUUGAUUUUGACAAAGUUAUUCGAAAUUUCGCUUCAAAAAAAGCAAGAAAAGCACCUUUGUUUUGUAAAUGA